UCAGAUUGAAUGACGUCACCGGAAAUGAAUGGCUGACAACUAUCCAAGAAGGUGCCAGGAAUGUUGUGAUGUUAUAUUAGCAGUUUUCACCUUAAAGUUGACAAAGAAUCCGAAUAAUAUCGAUCAGAGUCAUAAAAUUUUCUGAUGGAUGUGGCUACAGACCAAUACUUUGAUGUCAUUGGACAUAAUUUUCUAGAUACCAUUGACCUUGACAUCAUGGAGCAAACAAUCAUCGAUGACGUCAUGGCGGAAAUAACUGUGUCAGAACAAAUCACCAUGACUGAACCAGUAAUAUCCCGAUGUCACAGUGAACCGGUUAUAGCGGAAGCACCAAUAUCUCGCACUAUAAGUGAGCCAGUGUUGAAAAAUGUGAUAGAAGCUGUAGAUGUUGAGGGACUGCUGGAACAGUUUGAAGAAGCCUCACAGAAUAUGGACAGUAAGGUGUCUGAAGAGGUUCAGGGGGAAACGCCAGUAUUUACUCUACACACCUCAGCUGAAGAAUCAGAUGGGAAAGAUAAAAAUGGCAAUAUGGAAAAGAAGGAAUUAACAAGUGAUAUGUUACUAAAACUGAAAUCUUCAAACAAACCGAAGUCUGCAGUAAUGCUACCCAUGAUGGUCCCCGCCAAGCGAGGCAGGGGACGUGCAAUGACAAGGGGUCACCCGGUGGCACUUCCAGCAGGCUGCACGCCAAGACGAUUGCAGCGUGUUAUGAUGCAGAAUUCAGAAUUGAAAGACAGUCUUGCGUUAGCUGAGGAAGAAAUUGUCUCAAAUAAAGACCAGGUUGAUUGCGAUGAAGUUGUAACCAAAAGUGUUGCAGAUGCUAAAAUCACUCAUCUUGGAUCAGAGGUCAAAAAGAAAGACCUGAAUUCAAAUGUGGAUCAGAACUACUUUGAACAUGUUUCUGAUCAUGAUUAUUUCAAGAUUUCUGGAAAGACAGAGGCUUCUUCAUCAUCCAGUGGGAAAGAAUCAAUUUGUGAAAAAGAUGUUUAUUUUGAUAUUGAAGAAGGGGAAAUACUUGAUGACGAUAUUAAUAAAGAAAAAAGUAAAAAUCUCAAAUCAAAAAAUCGUGAAGACUUGUCGGAGGAUCGCGGCGAUCCUGCUCAGUUUUUUGAUAAAUUACCUUCGUAUUAUACAGCUUUGUCAAUACCUAGGAAACAAGUGAAAAAGACUGCUUCUUGUGUUACAGGAAGAGGGGGUAUUACGGUUAACGACUAUUUUGAAAGAGACGUUUCUCCUAUCAGAGACCCAUCCACUUAUAGUAAAUUACCAGAAUACUGUAGUUCAUUCACUAACAGUACAAGAUAUGAUUCUUUAGCUGAUGGAAGUUCACAGAAAUGUAAUGACGAUAGUAAAGCUAGUAGCGGAUAUUCAAGUCUCACUCAUAGCCCAGAUCUUUCAUUACGACCUUCAAGGUCAAAAUCACGUUCUCUUUCUAGAAGUAAUUCAAGAUCAUUCUCUAGAUCAAGGUCGGGGCAACGAAGAUAUCGACAGCGGAGGAAGUCAUCAUACUCUUCAUGUUCGGGAUACUCUAGUUCGGGAUCAUCAUGCUCAAGGUCUUCAUGCUCAGCCUCUUCUUGUUGUAGGUCAAGGUCACAGUCAAGUAGCGGCUCAAGUUCAAGGUCAUUAUCGUGUUCUACCUGUGGGUCGAGAUCAUCAUCUUUGUCAUCAAGGUCACCUUCAAGGUCGCCAUCAAAAUCACCUUCAAGAUCGCUAUCAAGAUCACCAUCAAGAUCCCAAGAACGUUCAUGGAGAAGAGAGCGAAAUUUAAGAGAAGAGCGUUCUAGAAGAAAAACGAGGUCAAGAAGUAGAUGCCGGUCACGAUCUCGCAGGAGGCGAUUCAGAAAGUCACGAUCUAGAUCAAGGUUACGCUCUUAUUCAAGGUCAAGGUCAAGAGGAUACAGAAGCAGAAGUAGAAGCAGGAGCUUGAGGAGAUUACGGGAAAUUCGCCGUAGAGAUGAAUCUCUGGAAAGAUUUAGAGAACAACGGAAAAAACAGAGAGAAGAAGAGAAAGAGCAGCAAAUGAAAGAGCGAAGGAUUGUUUACGUUGGGGGUCUGCCACACAGAUACUCAAGACAUUCCUUACGAGAUCAUUUCUCCAGAUUUGGACCUAUAGAAAAUGUACAGCUGCACUUUAGAGAACGCGGAGAUAACUACGGCUUUGUUACCUUCACAUAUACCUGUGAUGCUUUUGCUGCUAUUGAGAAGGGCAAAAAGAUUCCUGCAUUAGAAAAAUUUGACUUGUGUUUUGGAGGGAGACGACAGUUCUGUGAUGUGGAUUAUGCUGACUUGGAUGGCAAUAAAGAGAUAGAAGAAGAGUUUGACUCUAAACCUCCAAAGAGAGGUGCCAUGGACUUUGAUGAAUUACUUAGGCAAGCUAAAGCUGGAAUCAAGAGGUCAUGACAGAGAAUGAAUGGCUGUGUACAAGACUUGUUAACUUACAUAUUAGUAUUAGAUAAAAAUUAUGUACAUAUUUGGUUUAGAUGAUAAAUGUUAUCAAUUAUCAAACUUCAAAAUAAUUUGUAUAUAUACUUAGAAUCAGGUAGAUUCUGUAAGAUAAAAUGCCACUUUGCAACGGAAAAAAUGCCACUUUGGAUGGCGGAACAAUUACAAUGAAAUGAAAAUUGUUUUAGGAAACAAUGAAGCAGUAUAAUGUUUGAGUACAGAAGAAAAUAGUAUAGAGAAGUAUUGAAGAUGACUAACAUUUCCAAGACAGGAUUGAAGGAAAAGCUGAAGUUGAUGUGAAAUACACAGUCAAACUUGUCCAAAAAAUCAUUUGUAAACAGAGGUCACCUUGUUCUUAUGUGAAAAUGAAAUCUCAAUUUUAGGUCACUGUGAAAUCAAGUUUUUCAUUGGCUCAAAGUUUCAUGGUUCUGGUCAGAAUGGCUAUUUUGUGGAUAUAAUGACUUUUUGGAUUUUUAGUUUGAAUUUUUAUCCACAAAAAAUUAGUCUGCAACGAAAAUUGAUGACUUUGCACACUAUUUGCGAAGGCUUAGUCUGAUUCUAGUGUAGAACUGGUAUAUUGUGCUGUUGCAGUUAGUAAAUUGUUAAUAUAUGGGGAAAUAUUAAGUGAAACAUUACCAUGGUAGUACAACAUAUGAGCCGCGCCAUGAGAAAACCAACAUUGUGGGUUUGCAACCAGCAUUGAUCCAGACCAGCCUGCGCAUCCGCGCAGUCUGGUCAGGAUCCAUGCAGUUUGCUAACAGUUUCUCUAAUUCCAGUAGGCUUUGAUAGCGAAUAGCAUGGAUCCUGACCAGACUGCGCGGAUCCGCAGGCUGGUCUGGAUCCAUGCUGGUCGCAAACCCACUUUGUUGGUUUUCUUAUGGCGCGGCUCAUAUAUUGGCUGAGAUAUGACUGUAGAUCCAUACUUCUAGAGUGACCUCAGCACUCUGGUUACCAAUAGUAUGUAUUCGACCUAGUAUAUAAAUUUAGCUAUCUCACUAGGCCAUCCUGAUUACAUCUGUAUUAACAAUACUAAAAAAAUCAGAAAUGAUCUCGCGGUUUAGUAAAGAUUUAAUUAUUAGUCUGAAAUAAAUGGUAGGAAAAUACAACUAAGCUCUAACAAAGUUUCAAGUGUUAGAGUUGGAAGUUGUUCCAAAAAAUAGCCCAAUUGUUACUUUUUGUUAGUUAUUAAUCAUGAUUCGAUUUGUGGUGUGUCAGAAUUGGUCCAGAUAACUUUAGUAUUUUGCCUUUUUUUGUACAUUAUUUUUUACAUGCACAUAAAGAAUUGUAAUACUUUAAUCAAUAUGUUAAAUAGGGUUCCCAAAUAAUUAGGGUAAUGAUCAGGGAAUAGAAAAAGCCAUUCCUGGUCCUGGAAGUUAGGGUGGGGAGACGACUCUCAUCCUGAUGCACUAACAGUAGGUUAUUUUGAGGUAUGUUGGAAUUUUAGAAUUUGUACACAAACCCAGAUUUUCACAGGCGAUCACAUUGUGAAGGAUUUAUUAGUGAUUUGUUCACAUCAUGAAAUUAUUACUUGUUACUGAUUCUUGUGGACAUACAUUAGCAGAAGCAGGACACUGAUGCAGGUUGGAAGUGUGAUAAGAAUUUAAUAUUAUAAUGUUCUUAAGGGCAGAAUUGAAAAUAGAACAUGUUUAUUGGAUUUCAGGGUUACAGCUUUUGAUAUAACACUUGUAAAAAUGCACAAGCAGAUGGGCAGUAGCUUAUUGAUAACAGCGUGUAAACUGUUAAGUUUUUGUUACUGAUUUAAAGUUUUAUUCCUUUAUAUGAAAUCUUACAUUUUGUACCUGUAAAUUGUGUGAAACGGUCUGUUUUUAGCUCACCUUAGCACGAAGUGCUCAAAGGUGAGCUUUUGUGAUCUCCCUGUGUCCGUCGUCCAUCGUCAGAAACUAGGUCACCAGGUCAAAUUAAAGGAAAAGCUUGUUAACACUCUAGAGGCCACAUUUAUGACUGUAUCUUCAUGAAACUUACCGUAUUUUAGUGUGUAUAGGUCGCACUUUUUCUACCCAUUUUGCUGCCUGAAAAAGUUCCUGCGACCUAUACGACAGAACAUUGCCAGCAGUUUUUUUUUCGGGCCAAUUUUCUGACCGUAGCUCUCGCAAAAUUACGUGCAUCUGUUACGAACGAACAAAAUGGAUAAAAAAUAUCAAUAUCCGCGGCUUUUCAACCAAUAGCGGUUACUUUCAAUAAAAUAUAUCGUAAAUAACCCAUACAGACUACUAAAAUUACGAAUGACUUUAAUUCAAAGAUGUUUUUGCAGUCUGAAUUACGUUUGUUUCUACUUUCGUUUUACUGGACGCCAUUAACAUGUACUCCGGGUUGGAUAAAAUCCGGACAGAUCCGUCCUCCAUUCCAAACAUUGUUUAUACUAAUUCUUAGUGUAUUAAAAAGCUUGAAUGAUUAUUUUUUACUUUUGAUUUUUAAAUAAAAGAAAAAAAUCCAAAAAGAGAUAUUUUGUUAAUCUUUUUACUCAGAAUCAAAAGAACGCGGUUAAUUACAUGACACGGAAAGAUGUUAUAAUUGCUGUGCAAACAAUUCACACUUAAACUUGCAUGAUAACAGACGUCUGCUGCCAAUUAGUGUCAAAAAGCCGCUUUUCUUUGAUGUAGUCUGUUACCGAUACUACUGUUGGUACGAAACGGUUGGGAACGAAAAUAACACAGUCCGAUUUCCACCAAUCAGGUUCUGAUAAUAAUUCAGUCCGCGGCAUCAAUAUGGCCGCCGCCAUAACUUUUUUGCCGGUAAAUAUUAAAUAUUGCUGGGGAAAAAAUCCGAAAUUUAACUGCGACUAAUACGCUAGAAGUUAAAUUUUCUGACCAUUUCCAGAGCAAAAAUUAGAUGCGGACUGUACAUUACCGCGACCUAUACACACCAAAAUACGGUAGUCAGAAUGUUAAACUUGAUGAUCUUUAGGACAUGUUCGAAUCUUGGUCAUGUCUGUUCAAAAACUAGGUCACUGGGUCAAAUCAAAGGAAAAGCUAGUUAACACUUUAGAGGCCACAUUUAUGAAAUAUCUUAAUGAAUCUUGGUCAAAAUGUUAAUCUUGAUGAUCUUUAGGUCAAGUUUAAAUCUGGGUCAGGUGGGGUGAAAAACUAGGUUACUAGGUCAAACAAAGGAAAAUUUUGUUAACACUCUAGAGGCCACAUUUAUGAUUGUAUCUUCAUGAAACUUAGUCAGAAUGUUAAACUUGAUGAUCUUUAGGUCAAGUUUGAAUCUGGGUCAUGUCGGGUCAAAAACUAGGUCACUGGGUCAAAUCAAAGGAAUAGCUAGUUAACACUUUAGAGGCCACAUUUAUGACCAUAUCUUAAUGAAACUUGGUCAGAAUGUUAUCUUGAUGAUCUUUAGGUCAAUAGGUCAGGUGAGCGAUACAGGGCCUUCAUAGCGAUACAGGGCCUUCAUGGCCCUCUUGUUUUUUGUCUUUUAAAAGUGAAAUAUUGUUUGGUGUGAGCUUACAUAAGUUUGAAUUAAUUCAUAUGCACUUCAUCUGUAAUGAAAUGCUUUUCAUGUAUAUUGUGGUUUUAUGACAAAUAUUGGAAUAUUUACCUCUCUUGUGUUAAUGAAAUAGUCCGUAAUUUCUUUAUCAUCAGUGUUAUAAAUUUGUGAAUCAUAGAGGGUCAUAAUUUCGGACUAAAUUCUUAUUAUUCACAUUUAUUUUGAAUUUGCAAUUUGAAAUUUCUUGAAAAAAAAAAAAACACCCAAAAUUGAGCCCACCCAGCAGUAAGCUAGGGAAAUCAAUUAUCUUUUUGACACAGAGAAAAAGAAAUUAUUUUUAUAUAAAUAUAGUAAGAUGUGUUAUAUAAAGGGACUGUGAUAGAGUUAUAAGUGACUGUAGUAGAGACAAACAUUUUGAUUAACCCUUACCCUGCUCAAUUUUUAAAAUGGACUGGUCCAUCAUUCAGUUUGGGCAGUACCAUUUACUAUUCGAAGGGGUGUUCACUGAAAAUUUACUGACUCAGACUGAAUAGCAAACAGUGCAGACCAUGAUCAGCCUGCACGGAUGUACAGGAUCCGUGCAGGCUGAUCUUGGUCUGCGCUGGUCACAAAGGCAGAAUCACUAGCAGCUAGCAGGCUAAAGGUUAAGAAGUGAUGAAAUGAAUUUAUUACAUGUUAAAGAUGUGUUUUUGCUAUCUUUAGGGCAUUAUAUAUCUGUAUAUCUGUGGUCAGUGUUGAGCCAACUCCCAUGAUGCUAGUUCAAGCAUGUUUAUACAAGUUGUGGUAUUCUCUCCUCCAGCUAUGUGUAUGUUACCAUAGAAACAUUAUAUGAAUAAGAUGUCAUUGAAACAUAACAGUAUGAUUCCCAGUGUGCAUUUAUUGCUGACUGUUGGGAAUAAUGAUGGAAAACACAUCUGUAAAAGGGGAUGUGAAAGUUACUCGUGCAAGUAGUGUUUUCUGCCAUUAGUCUCAGCAGUGCUGUUAAAUUAAAACUGUAUUGUAAGUUUCAUCAUGACAGUAUUUGCCUAUACCUUCAUGCUUCUUUCAAUGAAUUUUAGAAUUGCAGGCAGAGUUCAAAUUACAGUUGAAAUAAACACUGUAUAGAAGUUA